UGGAGCAAGGACCAUCAGGCUUUGUCAUGCUCACUCAGAGGAAUGGGGCGUGUGCCCACUGCGUCCUGCUCAGGAAGGACUGCUCAGAUCAGGUGGAGACAGAGGACUGUACCUGCGCAAUAGGAAACUGUUCGUGGGAUUGUCUUGCAGGGGUGGAUGGUUGUUUAUCAGAUGCGUCCUGCCUUUGGUUUCAGCUUCUGGCCAAGGCAUACUGGGGUGAUGUGGAACUGGGUCUCUGGGAAGCCCAGAAGGGCGUCUCUUGGCAUAGAUCGAGGAAGACGUCUCAGAGGAAUUGCAUGCGAUCAUGGGCAAAGAAGAAUGGUUGUGAGCGCAGUGAGACAACGGCUCUGUCUCCGGCUGCUGAAGUGGAUCCUUUCUCAUGGCCAGGACCUAAAACACUGUACCUGCGGCGCACCUCGCACGGCUUCGGCUUCACACUGCGCCACUUCAUCGUUUACCCGCCGGAGUCUGCAAUACAGUGCUCUCUUAAGGAUGAAGACAAUAGCAGCAGAGGGAGACAGCGGAACGGACUGGAGCCGAUGGAUACCAUCUUUGUCAAGCAGGUGAAGGACGGAGGCCCUGCACAUGGAGCUGGACUCUGCACAGGGGAUCGCAUCGUGAAAGUCAACGGAGAAAGCAUCAUCGGAAAGACGUAUUCCCAAGUAAUUGCCCUGAUCCAGAACAGUGUCACGUCUCUGGAGCUCUGCGUGAUGCCAAAAGAUGAAGACAUUUUACAGCUGUUCUCCAGGGACAUCACUGCGCUGGCUUAUUCUCAAGAUGCAUACGUCAAAGUAAAUGAGGCAUAUAGUGGAAAUGCCCUGAAUAUCCCUGAGCCGCCCCCAAUUUGUUACCCACGGAUAGAGCCCAAUGCAUUGGCAAUGGCAAAGGUGCUGGAGCCUUCACCUGCCGAGGCUACAUGUGGAACUGGACAAGGGACAAACUGCUCCAAGCCUGACAAAGUCUACUGUGUGGAUGUACCUAUAUCUGCCCCUACCCUAGCCCAAACCUCUCAGGCCCCCAAGACCCAAACUGUUGUGCAUGUAUAUAACAAGAGUGUGAGGACAAUGGUAGCAUCACCUGAAUCUACAGAUCGAACUUCACAUGUGGCCUGGGCUGGUCCUAGCCGCAGGACGGAAGAGAACAGGUACGUAGCUUCCACAGAACCAGAUCUUAUCAGGUCCAAAACCAAUGUCACUUCAUCUCCAACUGGGGCAGCACAAUCACAUAUACCCAAUAGAACUGCUGAGUCCACUGGGUUCUCUAGCAGUAUCCCUAGAACUGCACUGAUUGGAGUGGACUCAACCCCUAAAAAUUUCCAAAGACAUUCCCUAAACUUAACAGCAGAAACCUUUCCAUCAGCCACCUCUCCAACCCCUGACACACCUUCCCCUCCAGCAGCCACACCUUCUCCCUGCUCCCCCCACCAGAACAUUGACUGGAGGAACUACACCACCUACAAGGAGUACAUAGAGAACAAACGGCUCUACAUGUAUGGCUGCCGGACUAUUCAAGAACGUCUCGACAGUCUGCGAGCGACAACCCCAUCCAGUACAAGAGAAUACAACAAGCCAAAAAGCGCUUCUACAACCACUACACCCUCACAAGACUUUUCUGGAUCACAGUUGAGACAGAGGAGCGCCUCAUAUGAUCAGAGUUGUCUUGGAUCUAACGUGCUCCCACUGCAUAGUGCCUCUCAGGAGAGGCUUGGUGGUGCUGAACGGGCUGCUCCAGCAUGGAAUUGGACUCGCAGUGCUUCCCAGGAUGCCCUCCCGUUGGUACACACGGGUAUCCCAAAACUCAGAGCGCAUUCUUGCGACUACCUGGGUAGACAGAAUGACGGUGCAGCAUCCAUGUUGGACAGACAGGCAUGCUGCAGAACUGAGACAGAAGAGAGGUUACUUGUGUAUAGAGGGUACGAGGCAAAAGUAGGUAGGAAGUCUUCAUUACGCAUGGUACCACAGUCUUACAGAACGCAGGGGAUUUUUAGCCCAGACAAGCAAGGGGGCAGCUACACAGGGUUGCCUAUCACGCCUCUUUUCACUAAAGGUACAGAUUCAUUCACCACCAGAGCUGAAAGCCUGGGUAACACCACUGCUCCUUCCGUAAACAGGCCCUCACUGCUACCUGCAAAUAAUUAUUUCUCAGACUCUUCAACUGCUGCUGCUUCUUAUAUAGCCUCUGCCCUGGCAUCAAUACAAGGCCAAAUCAGUGGUAGCUCCAACACAGGCUCCAUUGAAGACCAAAGAACACCUCUGACUACCAACCACCUGCCCCACUUUGCAAAGCAGCCCAGAGGGCGGGCUGACAAUCUUCAGGAGGUAGCCCGUGGAUGUCGCUCUUCAUCCUGCCCUGCUGUCUCAAAACUACAUAUAACUAAGAAUGGUGGAACCAAAUCCAUUUUGACCAGUAACGGCACAGUUCCUCUGCAACCCCAGUUAACAGAACAAAAGCCCCAAGCCAAUGAGAAGGAAGUGGAGGGUAUAGAGGGUCCAGAUGCCACUGUAGUUGUGGUUCUGAGGGAGAAGUCUGGAUCUCAACCCAUCCGACACCCCUCAUACAUUCUGGCAGUGAACGAGACAGAGCCGUCUGCCAGUUCCAACACAUGCUGGCUGCCUAACGAUGCCUGGCGUGAAAUGAACAUUAUGAAACUAGGAGACCAGUGCAAGACCUAUUUCUCCAGCAACCUUAAUGACUCACUUGACUCCAUCCCCUUUAUUGAUGAGCCGUCAAGCUCCAGUAAAGACCAUGACGUAACACACAUUCCUGCAUCUGACGUGAUUUCCAGCAUGCCCAUCAUUACCACCAUCCCGCCCAGUCCCACGUCCCCAUCUCCUGUUAUACGCCGCCAGCUGUCCCACGAUCAGGAUUCUUUACGACUCACGAUUCUGGAGUCAGAUUCUGGUGCUAAAACGGAGCGUUCCAAAUCCUUCGAUGAGGGUUUGGAUAACUACAGAGAAGAGGGAAGAGGGUCCAUUAAACACACCCAUGGAUUCAGGGGGCUUAGAAAGGCUGUUGAUAAGUCCUCUGAGGACUCUGGCUCCAGAAGAAACUCUACUUCAGACAUCUUCACUGAUGCCACAAAGGAGGGUCCGCUUCAUUUCAAGCAGAUCAACUCAGAUAAGGGCAAGCGUGUUGGCAGUGGCAUGCGGCCAUGGAAACUGAUCUAUGCUGUGCUUCGUGGCCACUGCCUCUAUCUGUACAAAGACAAGAGGGACAACUCUCAAACUGAAGACGAGCCUCUGCCAAUCAGCAUCAAAGCCUGUUUGAUUGACAUCUCCUACAGCGACACAAAGCGGAAGAACGUGCUCCGGCUGACCACGUCAGACUACGAGUACCUGUUCCAGGCAGAAGACCGCGAAGAAAUGCUGUCCUGGAUCCGAGUCAUUCAGGAGAACAGUAACUUAGACGAAGAGAACGCCACUGUUACAAGCACAGACCUCAUCAACCGGAAAAUAAAGGAGUACAACACUCUGAUGAGUCCGCCCAGCAGUAAGACCGAACCGUCUCCGAAGGCUUCGCGUCAGUCCCUGAGCAUCAGACAGACGUUGUUAGGUGGUAAAGGUGAGAGUAAAGCCACAAGUCCCCACUCACCAGACAAGAACCAUGACCGGAAAGCCAUGCAUAAAGAUGAAACAAGUCCACCCAAGGAUAAGGGCACAUGGAGGAAGGGCAUCCCUGGACUGAUGAGAAAGCCAUUUGAAAAGAAACAUUCUCAAGGAGUCACGUUUGGAGUAAGACUAGAUGACUGUCCUCCAGCUCAGACCAACAGAUUUGUUCCUCUGAUAGUGGAAGUGUGCUGUAAGCUGGUGGAAGAACGAGGACUGGAAUACACAGGCAUUUACAGAGUGCCAGGAAAUAACUCUGCCAUCUCUAUCAUGCAGGAAGAGCUCAAUAACAAGGGCAUGGGUGACAUUGAUAUUCAGGAUGAUAAAUGGAAGGACUUAAAUGUGAUCAGCAGUUUACUCAAAUCCUUCUUCAGGAAACUUCCCGAACCUCUCUUCACUGAUGACAGGUAUGCAGACUUUAUUGAUGGCAACAGAAUAGAGGAUCCUGUGGAGAGACUCAAAGUGCUCAAGAGACUGCUUCACGAGUUGCCUGAUCAUCAUUACGAAACACUGAAGUUCCUCUCCGCACAUCUCAAGACUGUAGCUGAAAACUCGGAAAAGAACAAGAUGGAGCCUCGGAAUCUGGCCAUUGUGUUCGGACCAACACUGGUGAGGACAUCUGAAGACAACAUGACUCACAUGGUGACACACAUGCCAGAUCAGUACAAGAUUGUGGAAACUCUCAUUCAGCAUUAUGACUGGUUCUUCACGGAGGAGGGCGAUAAUGAGCCUACGACUACGGUGCAGGAAGAAAGUGCUGUGGAGUCUCAGCCUGUGCCAAACAUCGACCACCUACUGACCAACAUCGGCCGGACAUGCACCUCUCCUGGGGAAGUGUCAGAUUCACCAACCAGUGACUCUGCUAAAUCUAAGCAGGGCUCCUGGGGUUCAGGGAAGGACCAGUGCAGUCGCGAAUUCCUGCAGCCACGAGUCUCCUCCAUCUUUGCUGCAGCCAACCGCAAACGAAAGAAGCACAAGGAGAAGCUGCAACCCAGCAGUUCUGAUGAUGAACUUGAUACCGUCUUCACCAAGAAAGAAAAUCCAACACAAAAGCAGAAUCACCAAUGCCAGAAGGAAGUGGCAGACAGGUCACCUGCUGGACAGAAGAAGAAUGGCAUAGGUGACGAAUCCACCCAAAAGAACAAGGAGCACAGGAACUCGUUCUUUAUGAAGACCUCGCCUAAGCUCUCAUGUUCACCCAUUCUCAAUCACCCUCCCAAAUCGUCCCUCUCUGAUCCUUUGUCACAGUUAGAUAAGACCACCUCAGACUCUGGUACCAUGAGCUCUGGAGCAUCUGUACCCAGGACUUGGCCUCGGAAAUGGGGCACAGCAUCAUCACCUGCCCCUGAGCUGUUACCACCUCCUGGAGAGGCUUCAGUGACUGCAGAAGUGAGCUCCAUUACCUCGGACUACUCAACCACUUCUUCAACCACCUUCCUGAUGGGAGUAGAGUCUGUCACAAUGAGCCCAGAGGUGCAAUCUGUGACUGAAAGCCGAGGUGGAGACGAAGCAGAUGAUGAGCGCAGUGAGCUCAUUAGUGAGGGGCGGCCAAUGGAAACUGACAGUGAGGGUGAUUUCCCUAUGUUCAGCCCUGCCAAUGCUUCCCGAGACAUCCCAAACAUAAUGUCAACCACAGCGGAUGAUGGCAGCAUCUCACCAAAACUGGACAGCCGUCGCUUACUACCCACCCAUAAGCUCAUAGACUGUGACGCUCUAUCCAGGAGGCAGUCGCUGCAACAAAAGACAGACAGCGAUUCAUCUGUGGAAGCAGGGGUAGGUAGCGAGAAUCAAGGGGUCAACAAGAAUGAAUCAACCCGACUAUCUCGAGUUCUGGAGGUGAUGAAAAGAGGCCGUUCAACUGGCAGUCUCAGUAGCUCAUUCCGCACUGAAUCGGACCAUGUUGAUCCAGCUUGGCAUCUUAAACUCACAGAGAGACUCAAGUUCCGUCUGCGCUCCUCUGCUGAUGACAUGCUUGGGGUUGGCAUGCAGAAGUCCCGCUCUACGGAAACCCGUGGUAAGAAAAAGGGUAUACGACGGCGGCAUACUAUGGGUGGCCAGCAGGACUUUGCUGAACUUGAUGUCAUUCAUGACUGGAGGGAACAGGGCGGGGUGGACCAAGGUGCUGAACUGUCUGCUGUGGAUCGCCUCAAAUCCAAGUGCGAUUCUCAGGAAUUAUCUUUCCGGGAAUGGAUUGCUCAUGAGCACCGUCGGGCUGGGGGUUCCCAGGCCAGUUUGGAGCCGGCUAGUCAGGUUGAUCGAGUGGCGGCAGAAACAAGAGUGACUCAAGCAGAGGGUGCAGAGCGGCUGACUCUCUCUGCCUCUUCAUGUACGCAGUCCAGCUCUGAGCAAGUAAAUGGUGGUGCUUCAAAGGGCAAAUCCAGAAACAGCCCAAAUUUAGGGGCUGAUCCUCAUCCACAGAAACUUUCAGGAGCCCAAGUAGUGCGCUCUCGAUUCUACCAAUAUCUUUGAAAGAAAAGAUGCAUUUGCAUGUGUGAAAACUGUCAUAAUGUAUGUCUAAGCGAAUGAAUGUACUUAGAACUAAGGUGAAUCCACCUUUAUUUUGCGAAAGUAUACUAUACUUUUUUUUACAAAGUAUAUAUAAAUAUGAAUAUAUAUUAUAAAUAUAAAUUGUAUAUAUCUAUAUGUAUUGGCUAAUAAGAAAAGUAACUGGAGUCAUUUAAAAAAAAUUGUUCCUCUUCGCAUUUGGAUCAAUAAUGGAGCUCUUCUCUUGAAAAGCUUGUAAUAUGUGAAUGACGAUGAAGUGGCCUGUUAUUCAGAGGCUGUAAAAAAUUAAGAUUUAUCAACUGCCUCCGCUGCUGCUACAGCAUAAAUCUUGGACAGAAAUGCAUUUGUGAAACUGUUACUGAAGGAUAUGAAUAUAAAAAGGCACGAUAGUAAAAACAAAACUCUUCCUAAUAUUUCUCAUAUGAAAAUGUAAUAUGCUUGCUGUUAUAUUGACUAACACAAUAGCUUGUUCCAUUUUUCAUCUGGAAAGAAGUGUAAAUAAUUUCUGUUUUUGUAGUAUAUUUUUUAUUAUAAAGGUGAGCCCUGAUAGGGGCAGUUUUCUGUGCUGUGUGCUGUGGAAAUCUCUUUUACAGUGCAUCAUAACGGCCAGAUGUAAACUUGGAAGUAAAAGAAUGAAAUCUUUUUAUAUUUCUUUAGGUGUGUGAAAGUAAGUGUUAUACUGAAAUUGCCAGAGCCUAAAUAUCUGUAGCAGUACCAGGUUUACUGGCACUGUCAUGGAAAACCCUUUGAAUGCAAAGUACGAACUAACAGCAAAUAAGUUGUCAAAUCACAAGGAAUUCUGUUUCCUCACAAUAAAGUGCCUCUCAGUUGGUUUUGGUGACAGGAGAGUUGCUAUUUUGUUAAUUCUGUUGUUUGUGUUAAUAUGGAAUAUUGUGAAUGACUGAAUUUUAUCAUAGAAAAAAAAAUAAAAAAUAGUCUUUAAUACAAAAUUAUGGAAAAUGAGACCCAGAACUUCCAUUGCUUCAUCAGUCGUCUUAAGUCAUCUCGUGCACUGUCACUGGAUAUGUCUUUACCCUGGUCUGUUAUUGGGGCAAGAAUUUAAAUAUGUAUUUGAUUUAUAUUAUAUUUUUUACUUUUGUCAGAAUUCUUAGCUGACCAGUCUGCAUAAAAAGUAAUUAAUCAGGAGAGUAUGCAUUCUAUGUGCAGAUUCCAUCUGACCUCUGUAUGCUUAUGUGUGGAUCCCAACUGCAAAGAAAAAAAAAACACUGGAAAUAAAUUAUCUUCUUUGUCAGUCUCUUCUCAUUGUCAUUGAUAGACUGAUAGAUUUGACCUUUUCAGGUGGACUGAAAAGUGUGUUCAAUGUUGUUCAUGUUCUGAACAGAAGAGGGCAUUGUGCAUAAGAGCCUCAAAUAGAAAACUCACUGAUCUAUAUAUAUAUAUAACUGGAUUGCUCAUGUCACAACAUGUUAAGCUACUGUGCAGUCAUCUUGGUAUUCCCUAACAUUCUGUAUUCCUAUGAGUGGGGAAUCGUCUGUUUUGGUGAGUAAUUUUUACCUAUCCGGUCACAUUUUUUUUUUAAGUGUACAUAUACGGCAUCACAAUGCACUCUUCCUAAAUAUGUAAUUAAUUAUUUAUUUGGACUAUUUUUUUCCCCUGCUUAUUCUAAAUGUGAGCGUGUUAUGUUACUCUUUAUUGCAGCAGCAUUACGUUCAGCGGUGCACGUGUUACUUCAAUAGAAACAAGAUAAAGAAACUGAGUGCAGGCCCAGCUCACGGGCAUCAUUUCUGAAGUGAUCAAUUGGAAUUGACGAGGAGCAGGGCUGGACUGGUAUUCUUGCAUACCGGGCAUUUUCCCGGUGGGCCGACGCACUUUGGGGCCGAUCAGGUUGGACUGGCCAUCGGGAGAAUCGAGCGUGCCGCUGUGUCACCCGUGAUUAGCUAAAAUGAGCCGCCGCGUUAGCGAACAUGAGGUUGAGUAAAUAGCUGUGUGUAAGGUCUUACGUAAGUUGGGUAUAAAGGUCACACUAAGGUCUUCGUAACUACUAGUUAGUUUGUAACUAAGUCAGCUUAAUUGGUUUGCACCACCUGUUCUUAAGACAAGAUUUAACUAGUAAGUCGUAAAGUCACAUAGUCGCAUAAUGUAACGUUUACCUGCAUUGAUCCAAUAAACACCUUCAUAUUUGUACACAGAAGUGUUAAAAAGCCAUGAACUUCAAUUUGAUUUCGUUACGGUUGAUGUACAAACUUUGUUUGCUCACGUAACGGUCACUGCGGACAUCACAAGAGCAGCUCUUCAGCUAUUUUGAUCAUUCAAAUAUUAUUUUAAUUAUUUAAAAUGUUAUACUUUUAUAUUUGACUGUCAUUCAUAUGUUUUUGAAGCCUGAAUAGGAAAUCAUACCCUUAUUUUAUUAUAUGAACCAAGCUAAAUUUGUAUAAAUGACUUAGUGAGUGAUGAUAAUUAAUCGUCAUAUUCAUGAAACACCUAAAACAGGCAAUUAAUCAUCAUAAUCACAAUUAAUUGUCAGCCAAAUUUCAUAAUCGUGACCCCUAAUUUUCAUUAUUAGGUACCUACCUUGUGAAUCGUUUUGUUAAAAAUGUGUUUGAAAUUUCAAAAAGUGACAACAGCUUGUAUCAUUAUUAAAAAUGCGAUUUCAUGAUGUCAUAUAAAAUGAUAAAAUUUUAAAUUUGUACAUUUUUAAAAAGCUAAAAUUCUAUUAAAAUCUUAAGGGGAAAUGUAAAAAAAUUGCAAUAUAAAAUAUUGCGUGAAUAUAUAUGAAGUGUCCCCCCUCAGUUUGCUUAAUAUAUUUGUUUUGUUAUAUUAUGCUUACAUGUUGUCAAAACUCUGGCUAAAAACAAAAAUGUAUUAGCCAAUGACGCUUCUUUCUCCAACAUGAUCGUAGAGGGUUGAUAGGGUCUACUUAAAUGUACUAAAAUUGCAAAAUGCUGCAUUUUAAAUACUAUUAUUACAUGCGGAUUAAUGCAGACAGCACAAUUUACUGAUAAAACUAAAAUUGCCAAUCAGAAUUUAGUAAUUUCAAUGAUUCGUAUUUUGUGUGGCCAAAUGAGAAAUGGGGGGGUUCGGUUCGCUGGGGUUGCAGCCUUCUUUUUUUUGUCCUUUGCUGAUCACAUGCCUGUGUGUUGAAACUUGACACUGGGCAACGCAUCCUGAAAACUGCACUGUUUGAACGGUUUCAUGCUGAAGAGAUGCUUAAAAGUUUUUUUCUCAUGUUAGUGUCAUACUGUAUGUCGAAAUGAUUGAUGCCUGUGAUGCAAAACAUGAGCUCAUUGAUGUCAUAUAAUGUCAGUCUGCUUUUUUAUUCCAUCAGUUACACCUGGUCUGAGUUUUCUGUAAAUAUUUAGUUUAUAAGUAGGGUUACAUCGUACUGAAGUUUAAUGGUGCAACGCUCAAAUAUUUAGUAGUGUGUAAAUUGUGACUUAGUGCCCAUUUACGCCACAAAUAGCUGGUGCAACCGGCCCCUGAUCUUUAUAUCAAACUUUUAUUUUUUCUUCUUUUUUGCAGUACAAGAUUGCCCAGAGUUUUUCUAAGCCGUUUGGAGUGUGAUGCAGCACGUUUCCUUGGCAAUGACGUGGAGCCUGAUGUUUGUGCAGCUUUCUGCAUUGCACUUUUGAGUAUGAAGAUGUGAUUGUUAUAUGGUUCUAAGUUGAACGUGUGCCUCAAGUUCCUUGAAUGCAGAACCAUUUCAGGACACUGUCUUAUAAAUCCACCUCAGAACUUCAUGUCGAUCAGUGUGUUAAUCUUGGGAAGAGCUCUCGACACUGAGAGCUGAUAAACAGGUAGUGCACAGAAUCAUCUUCAUAGUUGUUUUAACUGCAAAGCUGUUAUGUACCCCACCACAGCCUCUUUGAACAUGGACAAGCUGGGAAGACAUAGUGAUAUUUUUCUCUGUCUUCUGAUUCAGGCUGAAUGUCACUUUGCCUGAAAUGCCAGCAUAUCAAAAGAUAUUGCCUCCAGUGUCACUGUCCGGUGGAGAACAUUUGCCACUAGCUCUGAUGAGCUUGAUGUCUUGCUACCAUUCUUUUGAAAGCUGACUUAUGUGGGUUUGUUGUUAAAUCCAUUAGCAGAUUUGUCCCCACAUAUUUGCACAUUUUUAUUGUAUUGUUCAGUUUGUCAAUUUUUGUG